UAUUAUUACUGGUGAGUACUUUAAUUAAUGCAAAGUACAAGCUGAUAUGGCCAAAGAAAUUGUGCAAAGGAGAAGGAUGCCUACCACACACACACACACACACACACACACCAACUUCCUGGAUCCAGAGCCAGGUUAUACUGUACACGUCAUAAAUUCACACCUACCCCUCCUGAAAUGUGAUACUGUUGUAUAAAAGCAAGAAGAAAAAGGUUCCUCUCAGCUGAAGAAAGUAGAAGUACAUCAAAUUACAGAGAAUUUUCACAGCACUAGAAAACACAGCAGCCUGCCGUCUGUGCAACAGGACAAUUUCAGUAACAUAUCUGGUGCAUCUCUGCCUCCUCUUCGCUCUCCAUUAUGAAGAUAUUGGCUCUAGGAUUUUGCAUAAUGGCUUUGCUGCUAUUAGGAAAGGCUCAAGGAAACCCUACUUCCAAUGCUACCACCGUUUUUGUUAGUGGAAUAACUACUAUAACCAUGCCUUCGACCACUAGUACAAACACUUCUAUGGCUAGCCCUACUACCACCGCUACAACUGUCGCUCCAACCACCAACACAACCAUGUCUACGACCACCACUACAACCGUUGCCCCAACUGUUUCUACAAACAUUUCUACCACCAGGUCUAUGGCAACGACUACAACCAACUCCCCAACCACGUCUACACCUGUCGCUUCAAACACCACCAAAACCAUGUCUACGACCACCACUACAACCAUUGCCCCAACUGUUUCUGCAAACAUUUCUACCACCAGGUCUAUGCCAACGACUACAACCAGCUCCCCAACCACGUCUAAAACUGUCGCUCCAACCACCACCACAACCACCACUACAACCGCCGCCUCAACCAUUACUGAAAUUGGUACGACCACCCCUGCCACCACGAGUACAACCACCACUCCAACCACCACAUCAAUUGCAAUGACAACCACCCCAUACAAUGGAGGCUCAGAAGUCAAAGCUUCUCUGCUGUUUUCUGUUGUGCCAUUGUUGCUCUACAUGCUCUGCCCCUAAGCAGUAACUGGUAAAACUCGCCUAAAGACGCUUGUUCCUCAAUGUUUCACUGUUUCUGAGUAAAAGAAGGCUGAGUUGAACUAAAUGGAGAUGCGUUCCAAAGAAGUAACUUAAGGUAAACAAAAUCUGCAGGUUAACGUAAACAUGUAAUGUAAUGGAUUUGAACUAUAUCUGGCAUCAGCAAUUCAUUAUUGAGAAAAUUACGUGAUGACUACUACUGUCGGAGCUGACUCAGAGCUCCCUAUUUCAGUGUUUUAAAGUCUAAAGGCUGCAUGAGCUUCAUGUUAGAGAGUUAGUUAAGACUUAAGUAUACAUUUUUGAACUGUGAUUAUUAUACUGUAUGUAUACACCCUCCCUAUUUAUUCAGAUAAACAUUAAAUCUAAAAUUAUAACAUUAACAAAAAAGACAAACAAGAUUGUAAUAAAAUUUACUAUUAAAUUGUUAAGUGAAAGGGUGGUAUUAUUCUCUGUAAGUACAAUUUGGAAAAAAAAAAACUGUAUGUAUAUACCACAUCAGGAAGAAAGUGUUGUGGCAGAUAUAUUAAGUAAUAAAAACAAAUAACCAAACUGCACUCAUAAAGUAUCCAACACAACUUGUUUUUUAUAUUUCAUUGCAUGUAUUUGUAUAAGUCAUUAAAACAUGCAUAUGCAAAAUAAAUGAAAUUUCAUAAAAUAUGAAAAGUAGCAAUAGAACAUAAAAGGUUAUUUUUGCACAACCAUAGACUUCAGGGGGGAAAAAGAACUAUAUAAAAAAAUAAAAAAUGUAGCUAAUCAAAAUUUGUAGCUUUAAUUUAAUCUUCAGAUCGACAGAUGGCCAGCAGAGCCUGUAGAUGAUCUCCUUUGUACUGUUUCUGUUGGAAAAAGAUGAAGUUUACAUGUAAAAAUGACUAUAGGUCCCUUAAAAGAAUAAAAACAUGAUUUGCAUUUUAA